AUGUCCUCCUCCAAACAAUCAGAUAAUAACACUAUUGAAACUCGUCAAUAUGAAAUUGAUGAUAGCAUAACUUGUCUUCAAUUUGAUCUCAUUUCGAAUAUUCAGAGGAAGGAAAAGCAAAUUGUAAUUGCGUUGGAUGUUUCUGGAUCGAUGCGUGGUCAAGGAAUUGAUCAAGCAAAGAUUGCAAUUUCGAAUUUAUUUGAACAAGUUGUCGAUACACCAGAUGUUGUAUUGAUUACCUAUGAUACCUCUGCAGAGUUGUAUGAUUUGAGGAAGAAACCAGCCGAAACUAGACAAUCAACUCUUGAACAGAUUCAAGCUGGUGGAGGAACUGAUUUUACCUGUGUAUUUGAGGCCAUUUCAAAUUUAGACAUGUUUAAUCGUCAAUCUGAGGUUGCAAUCUUGUUUUUCACCGAUGGACAAGAUGGAUCCAGUCAUAAGAGAGAAAAAGCCAUUGAACAGAUGAAGAAAGUUCUCGAAACUAAAACUCAAAGUUUCGAAUUUCACACCAUUGGUUUCACCUCUAGUCACGAUGUUGCAUUAUUGACCCAAAUUACUCAAUUGGGUUCAGUUCAAGGAACUUUCCAAUAUGUGAAAGAUGCCAAUGAAAUUAAUCAAUCGAUGGAAAAUCUCAUUGGAUUAUUGACCUCUAAUUCAAGUGUUGGAAUCUUAUUAGGUCAACUUGCAACUGGUCUUGUUUCGAAAUUGGACGAAUCCUUCCGUUCCAAUAUUUUACCAUUCAUUAAGGUAGCAUCAGAGUAUUUGAAUGAAAAGGAGGAUAUUUCUGAUAUUCACUCAAUGGUAAAUAGCAAAUCUGGACUCAUUUGUUUAUUGAUUCAAACUGUCAACUUUCAAACUCCAAACAAGAAGAAAGUUGCCAUUGAAAAGGGAGAAUAUUACUCUCCUUUCAAUGAAGAAGAAUCAAUUAAAUUUAUGAAAUCCAUCACUCAACUAAUAAUUAGCAAAAAGAUUAGUAUUUCCAUUAAUCAUUUGAUUAACAAUUCUGCAUCCUAUGAAACUGCUAAUCUCUUUAUUCAAUCUGAGGAUGAAAUUGAAGCUGCUGGAAUCUUGCAUGGAAACUUGAAGGGAUCUGUUCCAUUCCACAAUUUAGUCAACUCAUUCCAAUCCUCUAAAAAUAUUCCACUUGUGAAAGAAAAGGUCAAGAUGUUAAUUACUGGUUAUUACAAACAUGUAAGAUUGACCUUGGAUAAGGAUGGAGCUGAAUGGAAUGCAAGAAACAGAUUCUGUUUCCGUGUUUGGAAGAAUAAUAGAUCUGCCUUUGAAAGCAAGGAAGAAGUAAUCUCUUUAUUUGGAGAGAAAUAUCGUGACUAUUUGGUUACUGUAAUGAGAAUUUUCAAAAACUAA